AUGUCUAAGAUUUUCCAAACCACUGCCCUCCUUGCAGCCCUUCUCGCCACCGUGUCUGGCCACACGUGCGUCGAGGAAUUCGAAGCUGGCGGAAAGAGCUACGAAGGAUACCGUCAAGCAUCCAAGCAGGAUCCUGGCAACAAGUCACCCGCGUGGUGGACCAACCAGUCCUGGGGCUACCAACCCGUUUUGGGCGACAAGUUGCACCACCCGGACAUCAUUGCCCACAUGGACGCUUCACCUUCCCCAUACACCGUCGAGGCUCCAGCUGGAGAGGACGUCACCUUCCACUGGCACCACGAGGGCACCUGUGGCGGAAGCGAGGAUGGCUGGGACUGCAGCCAUCACGGCUGGACAGCCACCUACCUCGCCCCAUGCAACGGUGACUGCGCCAAGGUCGACAAGACCAAGCUCAAGUUCUUCAAGAUUCAUCAGAGCGCUCUGCUAGACUACCGCAAGGGGCGCUACUCUGACGGUGCUGCUCAGGGCCAGACUGGCUACUGGGCCACUGACGCCAUCUUCUAUGACAAUGGCAACGCUCAGACAGUCACCAUUCCCCGCGAAAUCCCCAGCGGCAACUACGUUCUUCGUACCGAGGUCGCCUCGAUCCACAACAAUGGCGACGUCUCCCAGAGGCAAUUCUGGCCUCAGGCCUUCAACAUCAAGGUAACCGGUGGUGACGACUCCGCCAGCGUACCGGAAGGCAAACUCGGUACUGAGAUUUACCACGAAGACGAUGCGCUACUCCAGUGGGAUCUCUACUGGCACGAGGCCGGCAAGAUCAUCGAAGACGCGCCCGGCCCUCAACUUGCCGCUGUCGCCAGUGCUCUUGUCUCCAAGACUCGCAGGAGCCACGCCAGGGAUUUUGCUUCUUAG